AUGAGUCAUGACGGGCCUAUCGUACCCUCGUCGGGUGCGCCCUCGUCGUGGAGUGCGAGUUCUGAUCGCCAGCUCGGUCAUGGAAGCGGCGGUUCAACUGCUGACCCGGGAGAUCGAGUUUACCCAAUUCGAUCAGUCAUCAGUGUGAAUCAGUCACAGCCAACUCCUUGGAUGCCGCGCAACUCAGGGGAGCAUGAGUACUUCCCUCGUCAUGAGACCACUUGGGACGGGCGCCAUCGACCGGUCAACCCACGCAUAGAAAGCGAUAUGUCCCAGCAUAUCAUGAGGCAUGCCGACACAGUGGCCCCUUCCACUGCCGCUUCAUCGACGUCUCCAAAGGGCAGAGAAAGAGCCUGGGCCCAAAGGAAGAGCACAAUGGCUUCUAUUGGGAGCCCACCGCUGGACCCCAAGGUGCUCAGCUCCGCGUCACUUGUCAGUGACCAGACGUCAGAAAGGUCAUUAGUCUCGGACACGAUGGGUGACAACUCUUCGCUCCAUGCCUUCGGGAACUUGCCAGAUAGCCCUACCGGAUACAGGACACCGGGGGCACCUAACGAGAACCUGUUCGCCGUUCGAUUCAAACACGUUAUGACGGAUGACGGCCAUGCGGUCAUCACUGGCAGAGACGGUACUUUACAGCGUUGCGAGGACGAGCCGAUACAAACACCAGGCGCGGUGCAGGGUUUCGGACUGCUGGUUGCCCUGAGAGAAGAGAACGACGGCUGUUUUACUGUUCGCCUGACGAGCGAAAACUCCAGGGCGAUAAUUGGCUACUCCCCGCAGCAGCUCUUUCGGCUUGAGAAUUUCUUGGACAUUUUUACCGAGGAGCAAGCAGAUAAUCUGCUCGACCACAUCGACUUCAUACGUGACGAAGACGCUGAUCCUGCUAGCAACGGACCCGAAGUUUUCAGCAUAUCCAUGAGACCACCGAAGAGCACAACCACUAAGCUCUGGUGCGCCAUGCAUAUUCCUUCAUCCCAUCCAGAUCUUGUACUCUGUGAAUUUGAAUUAGAAGAUGAUCAUGCGCAUCCCUUGAGACCAGCGGAUGAGUUAACUCCGUCAGCCCCCGAAGACACCUUGUACCAAAAUCCAACCUUGGAGGAGUUCAACGAGAGCACUGAAGUAAACAGCAAGCCUCUCAGAGUGCUCAGAAGCGCACGAAAGAAACGGGGAGAAGCAGGUGCCAUGCAGGUUUUCGACAUCAUGUCUCAAGUACAGGAACAGUUAGCUUCUGCCUCAAACCUGGAAAAGUUCCUAAAGAUCCUCGUCGGCAUUGUCAAGGAAUUGACGGGCUUUCACCGUGUCAUGGUAUAUCAGUUCGACUCGGCCUUCAACGGCAAAGUCGUCACCGAACUUGUCGAUCCAGCUCAGACUCGAGACCUAUACAAGGGCCUGCAUUUCCCUGCUUCCGAUAUUCCCAAGCAAGCGAGAGAUCUAUACAAACUCAACAAGGUUCGUCUGCUUUACGAUCGGGAUUUGGAAUCAUCCAGGAUCGUCUGUCGCACCGUCGAAGACUUGGAACGACCGCUGGAUCUUAGCCACGCAUAUCUGCGCGCUAUGUCACCGAUCCACCUCAAAUAUCUUGGCAACAUGGCUGUCCGCGCCUCCAUGUCUAUCUCGAUCAAUGCUUUCAAUGAGCUCUGGGGUCUGAUUGCUUGCCAUUCAUAUGGACGUAGAGGCAUGCGGGUCGCCUUUCCCAUUCGAAAGAUGUGCCGCCUGAUCGGUGAUACAGCUUCCAGGAAUAUAGAACGCCUGUCGUAUGCAUCACGGCUACAGGCGAGAAAGCUUAUAAAUACCGUGCCGACCGACAAGAAUCCUUCCGGUUAUAUUAUCGCGUCCUCGGAAGACCUGUUGAAGCUUUUCGAUGCCGAUUUUGGUAUGCUGUCGAUCAAAGGCGAAACGAAGAUACUAGGAAAGCUUGAGCAGUCACAAGAAGCUCUCGCCAUGUUGGAGUAUCUGCGCAUGAGAAAGUUUACGUCGGUGAUGACAACACAAGACAUUACCGAAGAUUUUCCUGAUUUGAGCUACCCACCGGGCUUUACCGUAAUUGCUGGUCUAUUGUACGUGCCCCUCAGCGUUGGGGGCCAAGAUUUCAUUGUUCUUUUCCGAAAAGGUCAGGUCAAAGAAGUCAAAUGGGCAGGAAACCCGUACGAAAAAAUCGUUCGAGAGGGCACCUCUAACUAUUUGGAGCCGCGGUCCAGUUUCCAGGUUUGGCACGAAACCGUGCUUGGCAAAUGUAGAGAAUGGUCUGAGGAGCAGAUCGAGACGGCCGCGGUGCUAUGUUUGGUUUACGGCAAAUUCAUCGAGGUUUGGAGGCAGAAAGAAGCAGCUUUGCAAAGUAGUCGUCUGACUAGGCUGCUCUUAGCAAAUUCCGCCCACGAAGUUCGCACCCCACUGAAUGCUAUCAUCAACUACUUGGAAAUUGCACUGGAAGGCACCCUGGACCAAGAGACUCGAGACAAUCUUGCAAAGUCUCAUUCAGCUUCGAAAUCCUUGAUCUACGUCAUCAAUGAUUUGCUGGAUUUGACCAACACAGAGGAAGGACAAGAAUUGAUCAAAGAUGAGGUCAUGGACUUGCCAAUAUGUUUUCGGGAGGCCACGGACCCUUUCAAGGUGGAUGCGAAGCGGAAGGGCAUUGGAUACGAAGUUAUUGAGCACCAAGGCCUCCCUCAUUUUGUCCAUGGUGACCAUCGUCGGGUGCGACAGGCGAUUGCCAACGUGACGGCCAAUGCUGUCCAACAUACGACUAAGGGAUUCGUACGGGUGGAAUGCUAUGUUGUAGAAGUGGUAGAAUCCAAGAUCCGGAUCGAAAUAGCCGUCGAAGACACCGGUCGGGGCAUGAGUGACGAAAAACUAGAUGCUUUAUUCCGAGAUCUGGAACAAGUUUCCACAGAUAACAUGGACGACUCUACAAUGGAUGACGAAGAAGAGCACACGGGCGAGUCGCGCACCUUGGGCCUUGGCUUGGCCGUCGUAGCCAGGAUCGUGCGUAACAUGGAGGGCCAGCUGCGGUUGAAGUCGGAAGAGGGUAUAGGAUCUCGGUUUGUCAUCCAAGUCCCAUUCGACCUACCGAGCAAAGAUGCCAUCGAGAAUUUCGAUGCUGGGCUUUCAAGUAAGCAUCUAGAGAGCUCGCACUCCAGUUCUGCGUCAGUGACAAGGACAUUGCCACUUCCGGACAUCGGGGAGGUUAUGCUGGUUGAUCGUGGAGGGUCUACAUUCCACACCAAUCCGCCUCACGGUCUGACGAAAGCGAAGAGCUUUGACGAGACCGUUAGUGUCAACAGUCUUAAAAGCACAAGUAGUAAAGUCAGUGGCGGUAGCAAUAAGAGUGAUGCCGACCGGUUGAUCGAUGCCAUUCAGACCCCCCUCUCGAUUGGCGAGCCGGAGUCGCAAGCAGUAUCGCUUCAGCGGCAAGGGUCCGUGGACAAGAAACACGUAGCUAGCAACAACCUAGCCUCUAGUGUGAGGUCGCUAGCUUCUAUGACUACGAAACGCCCGCCAAAAUCAGAAGGACUCAACACUGCUGACCGCCCUCACAUUCCUCGAAGGUGUACGACGCCGCCGUCCACGACUACAAAUGCAAAUUUACCGGUAGGGUUUACCUAUGUCCAGGACACCAAAACCCCCAUUAAACCUAUCAAAAUGCCCGACGACUACGCCGACCAACCCACCAUGCCCCAACCUUCACCUUCAUCUCGGGUGUUAUUCGAAAUUCUCGACAGGUCAAGCAAGUCGACACCACACGAUGGCACAAGCAGAACGCCAAACCAUCAAGCGCCUGGGUCGUCAGGGGAACUCCAGGUUCUUAUCGCUGAGGACGAUCCAAUCAAUAUGAAGAUUUUACGAAAACGCCUCGAGAAAGCUGGCCACCAUGUCACCCACGCCGUGAAUGGCGAGGAUUGUGCAGCUGUUUAUGGUGGAAAAUCCAAAGAUUUUGAUGUUAUCUUGAUGGACAUGCAGAUGCCGAUAGUUGACGGGCUAGCGAGCACGAAAAUGAUUCGAGCCCUUGAAAAAUCGGACAAACACGUAGGACUCUCGCCGUUGGCCUCACGCCACGGAAGAGUGCCAAUUUUUGCUGUGUCUGCGUCUCUUUUGGAACGAGAGAAGUCGAUAUAUGUGAAUGCCGGUUUCGAUGGCUGGAUUCUGAAACCAGUUGACUUCAAAAGACUGCAUACAUUACUGACUGGAAUCUUCGAAGAUGAAACACGAAACAGUUGCCUCUACGUCCAGGGUCACUGGGAGCGUGGUGGCUGGUUCGAACGCCGGACCAGACCCACCCUUGCUCCUCGGGAAAUAAAUGAUGACUCGACCUCCGAGGAGAUCACGCCCACAGGGCUGACCGGGACUCAAACAUCUACCAACACAUGA